AUGCUUGCUUCCGUGCGAAUGGCGGCCAAUCGAAGACUCAGUGCCAUCGCAUCCCAGACGCGAAACAUGUCAAACGCAACGAUGAAGGAGGCAGUCAUCGCAAAAGGACCCAAGGUCACUAUACAAGAUGCUCCCAUUCCCAAGCCUGGCCCAUAUCAGGUCGUGACAAAAGUGGUAUACAGCGGUUGUAAUCCGAAAGACUGGUCUGUUUAGGCACAGGUUGACUGGUUCGAGAGCCGUCAUUGACCUGCGCACAGGAAAAGAGCAGAGAACAUGCCCGAGAAAGGACCAAAGAAUCAAGGCGAUGACAUUGCAGGAUACGUUCACGCAGUGGGAGAAAAGGUUUCCGAAUUCAAGCCAGGCGAUCGCGUCGCUGCUUUCCACGAGAUGAUGAAGCCGGGAGGCAGUUGGGCAGAGUACGCAGUCAGCUUUGCACACACAACCAUUCAUCUUCCACACCAUACCAGCUUUCAAGGUACAGUCCACAUCGUUGAAGAGAGUACAAUCCGUUUAACCCUCUUGUGCAGAAGCCGCUGCUCUCCCGCUCGCCUCCUUAACAGCAGCCGUUGGACUCUUCGCUCGUCUCGGUCUCCCUCCGCCCUUCCUCCCAGCAACCAAGCCCAUUCCUCUCAUAAUCUACGGCGCAGCCAGUGCAGUAGGCUCGUAUGCAAUUCAGCUGGCUUCCAAAGCCAACAUCCAUCCCCUGAUCUGCGUCGCCGGAAAUUCCACCUCCCAUGUCGAAUCGCUUAUCGAUCGGAGCAAUGGCGAUACGAUCAUCGACUACAGACAAGGGUCAGAAGCCAUCGUGAAAGCGUUCAAAGAAACCGCAGAGAAAAACGGAGGCAAUAUUGGAUACGCAUUCGAUGCCGUUUCAGAAAAGGGAAGCUAUCAGAACAUCUGCCAAGUACUUGACCCAAAUGGCGGAAAGAUCACAACCGUCCUGCCAGGGAAGAAAUACGACGUGCCCAAGGGAAUCGAGCAGAACCUCACAACAGUGGGAAGCGUCCACGGCGUUCCGGACGACCUGAGGGAUUUCGGAUACGUCUAUUUCAAACUCAUAUCCAAAGGAUUGGAGGACGGCUGGUUCAAACCUCAACCGCAACAAGUCAUCCCAGGUGGACUGGAAGGCAUCCAACAAGCCAUGGAGAAUUUGAAAAAUGGCAAAGCGAGCGCGGUGAAGUAUGUUUUCAAGAUCGAAGACACUCCGGGAAUCUGA